ACCUGCAGCCAUGGGGGAGAUGGAGCAGCUGCGGCAGGAAGCAGAACAACUCAAGAAACAGAUUGCAGAUGCCAGGAAAGCCUGUGCCGACAUCACCCUGGCGGAGCUGGUAUCCGGCCUCGAGGUGGCGGGACGGGUCCAGAUGAGAACGCGGCGGACGCUGAGGGGGCACCUGGCCAAGAUCUACGCCAUGCACUGGGCCACUGACUCCAAGCUGCUGGUCAGUGCCUCGCAGGAUGGGAAGCUGAUCGUCUGGGACACUUACACCACCAAUAAGGUGCACGCCAUCCCGCUGCGCUCCUCCUGGGUCAUGACGUGUGCCUAUGCCCCGUCGGGGAACUUCGUGGCCUGCGGGGGACUGGACAACAUGUGCUCCAUCUACAGCCUCAAGUCCCGGGAGGGCACGGUCAAGGUCAGCCGGGAGCUGUCUGCACACACCGGUUAUCUCUCUUGCUGCCGCUUCUUGGAUGACAAUAACAUCGUGACCAGCUCAGGGGACACCACAUGUGCCCUGUGGGACAUUGAGACCGGGCAGCAGAAGACAGUGUUCGUGGGCCACACCGGGGACUGCAUGAGCCUGGCCGUGUCCCCCGACUUCAAACUCUUCAUCUCGGGCGCUUGCGACGCCAGCGCCAAGCUCUGGGACGUGCGAGAGGGGACGUGCCGGCAGACGUUCACGGGCCACGAGUCGGACAUCAAUGCCAUCUGUUUCUUCCCCAGCGGAGAGGCCAUCUGCACCGGCUCGGACGAUGCCUCGUGCCGUCUGUUCGACCUGCGGGCGGACCAGGAGCUGGCUACCUACACCCACGAGAGCAUCCUCUGUGGCAUCACGUCCGUGGCCUUCUCCCUCAGUGGACGCUUGCUCUUUGCCGGCUAUGACGACUUCAACUGCAACGUCUGGGACUCCAUGAAGGGCGAGCGUGUGGGCAUCCUCUCUGGCCACGACAACAGAGUCAGCUGCCUGGGGGUCACAGCUGAUGGCAUGGCCGUGGCAACAGGCUCCUGGGACAGCUUCCUCAAAAUCUGGAACUGAGGCGGCUCGAGGAGGGGGG